AUGUGUCAUUUAAUACAUAUCCCUGAAAAAGCACGACAUUAUUGGGCGAUAGUCGGACUGUUUGCCACUUGGCUCGCCGAUGAAAAACGAAAGUAAAAAUCAGUUUGUUCGCAACGGAGUUGAGUUGUUAAAUAUACUAGUAAUUCAGUUAUAAAACUUAGCGAAUAGUAUGUGAUUACUAAAUUAUGAGCUCAAACGAUUGCAUUGCAAAAAUUGUGCAUACAAAGCAUUAAAUAAAAGUGAUGAACCAGGUAUAAAGCCAACGAUCGCGAUCGUUAUGCGAGUCCCCGACAUUACGUUAACAGCUGGAAAUGCUGCGAAAUUUACGCACAACCGCAACAAACUUAACGAUCCAAAUACUGAUCAACAACAGACACUGACAUCUACAACAGAAAAAUCCCUAAGCCCCAUACAAUCGCAACGAGGCGAGUUGAAUAAGAAUGCUAACUGGACAGCAAGUCAACUAAAUAACACUACCACCAACACCACUGGCCUCUGCGAUUAUUUACCAAGUGCCCAGCAUUUCAAUACGCCCUCGGUUUACACUUCUUCAGCUGACGAGUUCGUACAAAGAGCACUGAGUUCCUCCCUGGCCGUACCAUACGAAUAUAAUAACUCUUCGUUAGCUACUUCUGGAUUUGAAGAGUAUUUCCAGCGGAGCACACAGAAUGCAACACAAAAUUAUUUAGAUGGCUUCGGUAGCAAUAGCAAUAGUGCCUAUGGAGGGUUUCAGGAGGUUUAUGUAAAUCGCGCGGCAAUCGCUUUGGACGACUACGAAAAUAAUACAACAAAUCGUUCAACAAAAUCGGGUAACUUUGUAGGUGUUAAUAAUUCUGGCGAGCAACACUACGAUAGUUAUAGCCUUCGUGCCUCAAGAGGUGUGAGACCUGCUGGAUGCCAAUUUGACUAUAACAACGAUAUGAAAAAGGAAGUAAGCAAUACUAUUUUUGAGCAGAACUCGAAUCAUCAGCAAUCAUCAAAGACUCAAGUCGUAAAAGGCGAAUAUUUAGGAGAUGCAAAAGAUAUAGAUUUCGACUACAAUGAUCAAUCUAUGCUGGAUCUAUGUCAUGAUCGUAGCCAUAAAUCGACCGUAGAGCAGCAUAAUGAUGAAUUAGAUGAAUACCUUACAUCGCCCACCUCAUCGAGCGUUUCCUUGAGCACACCACAGCGGUCGUAUUUUCCGCGGGGCAUUAUCAAUCCAAACUAUCCUGGAUUCCAACAUCUGGCGCACACCCUCUCCGAACAUUUCAUUGGUUGUACACCAUCCGAUUCGUGUGACAGCGAUAUGUCUGAGUGUGAAAUGGAGUUGAGUGCUGAUAGUUGUGAAGAACUGCCCAGUGAAGAGCAGCAAGUGGAAUUGAACGUGAAAAUGAAUACGUACAACAACAAUAAUAACCAGAAGAGGUCAUCAAGUCAAGGAAGUCAAGACACAGCAUCAAGAAAUGCAGACCAAAAACACCGACAACAAUCAAAUCUAAUAGCCUACACAGACGAUAAUAGCAACAGCGCCAGCACGGACCACCCCGCUACCAACGAAGAUCAGCAACACAAGUAUCAACAGGAGCAACACAGCAAACUAGGCACCCUCAUCGCCAAUGAAUUGCAUGAAAACUUGCGUCAAUUGCUUACACUAAAUGUGCCGGAUAACUACUCGGAUGCCUACAUUAUAAACUCUGCAGACAAUUUUGCUUUUCGUUAUGAUCAAAAGUGUCGUCUGGUCGCACAAAUCUAUGAUGAGGGAACGCAGGUGCACGGCACCACACCAGAUAUUUUGUUGAAGAACUGUAAUUUAAGUGUGGAGAAACUUUCGAAAAAAGAGAAUCGUCCCGAUUUGCUGCGUGGCGUCAGCCCACAGCCGUUGCGAAAUCGCAUCGAAGCGGCAGAUGAGGAAAAUACCAAUGCCAUCAAUGAAGCCAUUGACAAGCCACGAGAGAUAAUGCCAGCUGAAAAGGCAUCUGGCGCAGUAGCGAACGUGGAACAUAGCGAUGCCACAACACCGGUUCGUUCGGGUGGUGAAAUUUGUAAGGAUGAUGCUGUGGGUUUUGGCAUAACACCGGUGGAUAUAAUUGGUGACUUUGAACAAGAGGUGGAACGAGAAUUUGGGCUGCUCGUAAGCGGUUACAGGCGAUUGGUCGAAACGAAUGAUGAAGCAAAUGAAGAAGUAGAUGAGGUUGGCGAACCACAACCAAUUGAAAAGGUAUCGGAUGCAAUGCUCUCGAGCGCAAAGGAUCUCAUUGAUUCCGAUAGAUACGUUACUGCUCUGCAACAAAAAGGAAAAGAAGAUCUUUAUGCUAAAGUUGAAACGAGAACAGACGCAGCAGCUGCAACGAAACCAGAUGGCACACAGGCUCCAUUAAUGGACUUUAUGGAGGACAAUAAUGCAGUUGAUUGGUCAUAUGGACGAGGUAGCGAUUCUGAAGAAGUAAACAUAACUCAAGUGAAAGAAGGGCAUGACAGCAAAUUGGAUGAUAUAACCGAUGUAAGCACCGUUAGCAAUACGAGUAGCACGCCAGAAAUACGACCCAAAUAUCAGAAGGCAUCUUACGAUGAACGACUGCUACCACCAGUAGCAAUCGAAUAUAAACGCUGCCAACAAAGCACGCGCAACACACGCAAAUCUACCGGCCAGAGUCAUGAGAACAGAACAGAAAAGGCUACUAAGGCUACGGGUGGCAGCAAAAUUGGAAGGAAUCACUCUAAAAACCCUUUUGCCAAUCGAUUCUUCAGUUCGAAGCGGAGCAGCGGUGGUGGCGGUGGUAGUGGUGGUGCGAGAAAUGGCGACAGAUCAGCCGAUAGCAAUGCCAGUCGUCGACGCGAGGAGGCUGAAAUGCAUCAAUAUCAACAAUUGAUCAGCAACAAAGAGCUUAUAUCGAGUAACAGCCGUUAUGCGAAAAUGUCUGUUUGGGCGCAGUAUUUGAAGAAUUCGGUGGAAAAUCAUGGUGGCAAGUAUGCAGGCACCGAUCUGGCUUCACCAAGUGCUUUGGAUCUAUUCGAUGCUUAUAAAAUUGGCGGCGAUUUCGAUAUGGAAACGUUGCAGCAACACUUAAAAAUGGCAAAAGAAAUUGAAAAGAAGCGUCGCAGUGAUCGCGAAGAAAUCCGCCGCCGUUUGGCUAUGGGCUCGGAAGAAGUCAGUCAGGAGUCGAAAGAACGGAAUGCUUGGAAGACGGGCAUACAGUCAAGACUAGCAAGUGCACAACUAGGCCGCCUAAAUGAGCCCUCUUCUGACACCGAGAGCCACAGCUCAGACUCCGAAACCUGUCCGAAGCUUUCCAAAACCAAAUAUAAUGUGGAUAAUGCGAGUGCGGUUAGCAUUUCUCUCGCAGAUAAACCCACCUACCCAUAUGCUGGCAGCGGACGUGCCUCAAUUUCGUCACAUGGAACCAUAGCUGCGGGCAAACAACAGAAUUUACAAAAGACGCUGUCGGCAAUCAGCAUCGAGGACAUGGAAUGUGAUUUCUUUACCAAGCAAGCCAAAUUGCAAAUUGAAGCGCGUAUGGCCUUGGCGCAAGCUAAAGAAAUGGCACACAUGCAGAUGGAGAUUGAGCGCCAAAACCGACGUGUAUCACCAAUUACCGAUAUCAUACGGGUUUCACUGCGCAAAGUGGGCGUACAAAUGACCGCCGAUAAACGUCGAGUCUCACGGCAAAUGCUUACCGAUAUGAAUAUAGCACAGCUGCAAGUGUUGGUCAAUAGUCUGCAUACACAUAUUGAAGAGUUGAAUGAGUCAUUAGUGCAUAAUUUGAUGGAAAGGGAUGAUCUGCAUGUGUCGCAGGAUUCAAUGCUGGCGGAUAUUGAAGAGCUUACGAGAUACAUUGGCGCCAACGAGCAUCUUGCACAGCGGUAUAAAAACCAAAAUCCAUUCAAUCACAACUAGAGCCAGAACUACACAAAUACUCACAUGCAUAAAUUACUAGGCUUGAUCUCGUACUUUUCGGACUAAAUCUAGUAAAACUGUCAAAUAACAACAAUAAGAUCACAACGAGUACGGGAUCGAUUUAUAGUAAAAUAUGGUAAAAAAUGGUAAGUUCGGACUGGGUACGGGAUCAGGCUUACUAUUUCGCUGUUGGCAGCGUUUGCUGAAAAUAAAAACUAAAAAAUGGCGGAAAAACUUACGGAAUUUAAUUAUAUAUCUAUAGUUGCGUACACACAUACAUACAUACAUAAAAAAUAAAAGCAAACACUUUCAAAAUGGUAUUGUAUUAUAUUAUAUUGUAUUUAAAAUAUAACAUUUCGAAAACAAAAGAGUUAGGGCUUCAGAGUUGAUAUAUGAAUUUACAAUGAAAAAAUUAACAAUAAAAUAACACAAAGAAUUUCUUAGAUACACACAUAUGUACAUGCAUACAUUCCUACUACAUAUUUAACAGACCCACAGCCGCAUACGGUAAAAGAAAGUAUCACCUACUUAACUUUAAAUACAAUUUUUUUUUUCACUUCUCCACAUCUUCAAACAUACUCACAAUUGUAAAACAAUAAUUAUAACUGUUAUGUAUUUAACUUAACACAAAAAACAUAAGCUACAUACAUAUCUUUAAUAACUUCUUGUUACUGAAACUUAAAGGGAUUUCUCAAAUACUAAGACAAACAGUUAAAACAAACUGAAAUUCAAAAAUUAAUGAGCAUGGCGAUGAAAAAAAAAACACUUACAAGCAUCUGUACUAGAAACCGCAUAACUGUUAUAUAAACAUACAAACAUACAUACCUAGUUCACUUAACUUCACAAUACAAUUAAAGAAAACAAUAAUAAACAAAUAAAGGAAUAAAUAAAAAAUAUAAAAAACUUC